CGGCCCGGUGCGUUGCCUUGCGAACUCGCCACGCCACUCUUUUUACUGUCUCCACUCAUUACAUCAAAUUUGACAAAAUGAGGGAAUGCAUCUCAGUCCACAUUGGCCAAGCCGGCGUUCAGAUCGGUAAUGCUUGCUGGGAACUAUACUGCUUGGAACAUGGCAUUCAGCCCGACGGUCAGAUGCCAUCCGACAAGACCCUGGGGGGAGGAGAUGACUCCUUCAACACCUUCUUCAGCGAGACAGGCGCUGGGAAACACGUCCCUAGAGCCGUGUUCGUAGACCUGGAGCCAACUGUUGUUGACGAAGUCCGCACCGGCACGUACCGCCAGCUCUUUCAUCCUGAACAGCUUAUCACUGGUAAGGAAGAUGCCGCCAACAACUACGCGCGUGGUCACUACACCAUCGGCAAAGAAAUCGUCGAUGUUGUCUUAGAUAGGCUGAGGAAGCUGGCUGACCAGUGCACUGGUCUCCAGGGAUUCCUGGUUUUCCACUCAUUUGGAGGAGGCACCGGUUCCGGCUUCACCUCCCUAUUGAUGGAACGUCUAUCUGUCGACUACGGAAAGAAGUCUAAACUAGAAUUUUCUAUCUAUCCUGCCCCACAAGUAUCAACGGCAGUGGUAGAGCCAUACAAUUCCAUCCUCACGACUCACACCACCCUCGAGCACUCGGACUGCGCGUUCAUGGUUGACAACGAGGCGAUCUACGACAUCUGCCGCCGCAACCUGGACAUCGAGCGUCCCACCUACACCAACCUCAAUAGACUUAUUGGACAGAUCGUGUCGUCGAUCACGGCGUCGCUGCGCUUCGACGGCGCCCUCAACGUGGACCUAACAGAGUUCCAAACCAACUUGGUGCCUUACCCGCGCAUACACUUCCCGCUCGCAACAUACGCACCCGUUAUCUCCGCGGAGAAAGCCUACCACGAACAACUCACCGUCGCAGAGAUCACUAACGCUUGCUUUGAACCCGCCAAUCAGAUGGUAAAAUGCGACCCUCGUCACGGCAAAUACAUGGCCUGUUGUAUGUUGUACAGAGGUGACGUGGUACCAAAGGACGUGAACGCUGCCAUCGCUACCAUCAAGACGAAGAGGACCAUCCAGUUCGUUGACUGGUGCCCCACAGGUUUCAAGGUGGGCAUCAACUAUCAACCGCCGACCGUGGUACCAGGCGGCGAUCUCGCCAAGGUACAGCGCGCUGUCUGCAUGCUGUCCAACACCACCGCCAUCGCAGAGGCUUGGGCCAGACUCGACCACAAGUUUGACUUAAUGUAUGCAAAGCGUGCUUUCGUCCACUGGUACGUGGGAGAGGGUAUGGAGGAGGGAGAGUUCUCGGAGGCUCGUGAGGACUUGGCCGCCCUCGAGAAGGAUUACGAGGAAGUAGGAGUUGACUCGACCGAGGGUGAACUCGACGAGGAGAACGAAUAUUAGACGGAAAUUUUAACCCAGUUUUGCAGUAUCUUUAAAUACCAUUUUGGUAGAUUUUAGAUAACAUUAUGCUAUACCCGAUAAUUUAACAAUAUAACAAGUUUUCAUACAGUGAUUUUACACUAUAUUUUAAGGUAACAAAUAUUAGUUAUAAGGAAAAAGUGAGCGUGUCUGAAUGUAAAAUUGCUUGUAACACAGACUUUUGAAAUAAAAUUUCCAAUUGUGUAAUGUAAAGUUUGUGGCCUCGUACAUUGUGAGAAUUUAUUUGCAAAUGCGCAUUUAUUAAUUAUAAAACAAAACGUGAUAAUAUUAUCUAAUAUGUUGAUUGGAAUAAAGAC